AGGGGGGGCCGCGCCGCGCGAGCCGUUGGGCCUGGCUCUGAGAAGGCGUAGCCGUCGCCGCCAGUGCCGUCGUCGCCGCGGCCAGGAAACACUAGGAGCCGAAGCGAGCGCAGCGUGGCGAUGGGCGGGGGAAGAGCCCCGCCGGAGAGGCUGGGCGGCCGCCGGUGACAGAGCAGCAGUUAAGAGUUCAGGCACUGCCUGACAGUGGGCAUGGAUGUGAAGAGGCGCUGCACCAGCCCUGACCACAGAAGCUUCCUCAUCCCCGGCCGUGAGGCUGCUUGUGCUUCCCUGAUAGCAGCCCAGCCACCUGUCCUGUUUAUGAUCCUACCAGUUGAGCGAUAACAGUUGGCCUCUUGACUGCACUGUGUCCACGGCACCUCCUGCAUGUCCUGCUGCCUUGAACUGUCCCAAGUAAGGUGACAGCGUGUCACGCUGCCACCAUGAAUGAGGUGUCUGUCAUCAAAGAAGGCUGGCUCCACAAGCGCGGAGAAUACAUCAAGACCUGGAGGCCCCGGUACUUCCUUCUGAAGAGUGACGGCUCUUUCAUUGGGUAUAAGGAGAGGCCCGAGGCCCCUGACCAGACCUUACCCCCCCUAAACAACUUCUCUGUAGCAGAAUGCCAGCUGAUGAAGACAGAGAGGCCACGGCCCAACACAUUUGUCAUACGCUGCCUACAGUGGACCACGGUCAUUGAGAGGACCUUCCAUGUAGAUUCUCCAGAUGAGAGGGAGGAGUGGAUGCGGGCUAUUCAGAUGGUCGCCAACAGCUUGAAGCAGCGAGGCCCAGGUGAGGAUCCCAUGGACUACAAGUGUGGCUCCCCCAGUGACUCUUCUGCAUCUGAGGAGAUGGAGGUAGCUGUCAGCAAGGCACGGGCCAAAGUGACCAUGAACGACUUUGAUUAUCUCAAGCUCCUCGGCAAGGGCACCUUUGGCAAAGUCAUCCUAGUGCGGGAGAAGGCCACUGGUCGCUAUUAUGCCAUGAAGAUCUUGCGGAAGGAGGUCAUCAUUGCCAAGGAUGAAGUUGCCCACACAGUCACUGAGAGCCGGGUUCUGCAGAACACCAGGCACCCCUUCCUCACUGCCCUGAAGUAUGCCUUCCAGACCCACGACCGCCUGUGCUUUGUGAUGGAGUAUGCCAAUGGGGGUGAGUUGUUCUUCCACCUCUCUCGGGAGCGAGUCUUCACGGAGGAGCGAGCACGCUUUUAUGGUGCAGAGAUAGUUUCGGCUCUUGAGUAUUUGCACUCAAGAGAUGUGGUGUACCGGGACAUCAAGCUGGAGAACCUUAUGCUGGACAAAGAUGGCCACAUCAAGAUCACUGACUUCGGCCUGUGCAAAGAGGGCAUCAGUGACGGGGCCACCAUGAAAACCUUCUGUGGGACGCCGGAGUACCUGGCGCCCGAGGUGCUGGAGGACAACGACUACGGGCGUGCGGUGGACUGGUGGGGGCUGGGUGUGGUGAUGUACGAGAUGAUGUGCGGCCGCCUGCCCUUCUACAACCAGGAUCACGAGCGCCUCUUCGAGCUCAUCCUCAUGGAGGAGAUACGCUUCCCUCGCACACUUGGGCCUGAGGCCAAGUCCUUGCUGGCUGGGCUGCUGAAGAAGGACCCGAAGCAGAGGCUCGGCGGGGGCCCCAGUGAUGCCAAGGAGGUCAUGGAGCACAGGUUCUUCCUCAGCAUCAACUGGCAGGACGUGGUACAGAAGAAGCUCUUGCCACCCUUCAAACCUCAGGUCACUUCCGAGGUGGACACAAGGUACUUCGAUGAUGAGUUCACCGCCCAGUCUAUCACAAUCACACCCCCAGAUCGCUAUGACAGCCUGGGCUCGCUGGAUCUGGACCACCGGACGCACUUCCCCCAGUUCUCCUACUCGGCCAGCAUCCGCGAGUGAGCUUCCCUCUGCCACCACUGGACACGCGCAUGGCUGCCAUCCGUUGCCUGGGUGGCUUUUUAAAGAAAACUUUAUUUUGCCUUUUUGGUUUGUGUUUCCCACCCUUUCCCUCUCCCCCUAUAUCCAGUUCCUCCUUCAGUCCUUGCCCAGACUUAGUCCUGGCAGCCCUCAUCUCCAGCCUCCCCUCCCCUCUAUGCCCAUACUAAUGCUGGGGCCCUGCCCAAAGAUGGGCUAUUGGGAGGAUGGAGACUGAGGCUUUUAAUCACCACCAGCCUCCAUAAGAGUGAACUGGGGAACUGUGGGGUCAUCUGGAUUUGUGGGCAAGAUGCCGCACAGGCGGUGGAGGCCAUGGCUGGAUGGAGGCCGCCCGGCACCCAGGCUGCUUUCCAUGUCAUCACCUUGGCUCAAGGAGCCUAGCAGGAGGUAGUCUGUCUGCUACCACCCUAGUAGGGGCAGAAAAGCAAUAAUAACCAGGGACAGACAGAAGCCUUUGGAGGCAACGGGAUCUGGGCUCUGCUCCAUAGAAAAUGAAACCGGGUCCUCAGGUCUGCAUGAGAGGGAGCCAGAAUAGACCUCCCUUUUCCUCUCAUGCUGCUUUCCUGACUCUGGAUGAAGCAGGAGGAACAUUUGGGGGCCAGCCCUCCUGGCCCCAGCCCCGUGCCUUACCAGGGUUUCCUUCCAAACAGCCUUGUUUCCUGCUAGGCCCUGCCCCCAGCCCCUUUGGAUGACUCCCUUCUCUGCCUGGGGCUGAGGGGCAUUGGCCUCUGCUGUUACACAUCUCACACCAAGACAGUAUUGGGCCCCAUGGACUCUGGGGUCUGGGAGGGGAAAGGGAAUGGGGAGAGGUAUCUCUGGUACACAUUGGAGUGGGGGGUCUCCCAUCUCCAGGGCCCCUGUUCUGGAGCCUUAAAGUGAAUGUGAGCAACAGUCCUUGUCAGUGCUGUGGGUAGCGGUGUGCACCUUGCUCUGGCAGUGGGCAUCCCAGGCUCCAGGGGUGCAGGUACCUAUGUGUGCAAUGGGUGUGGUGUGAAUGGGCUCAGGCCCCAUCCCCAGCCUGAGCGUUUGAUCCCAUGGGGGGCACAGGUGUAGGGGAUCCACCUGCUGCUCUGCCCAUGUCUCCCCUUCCCCCCCAACAUCUCUGGGUGUUUGGAAUUUAAUUUUUAUGGUUUUGAUCUCCACCCCACCUCCUGGACUAGGCAAUUCACAGAAAGGCUUUGGGGGUAGGGGUGGGGUGGGGAUGGUUGGGGGGGGCAUCUUCUUUUUCCUUUUUAUGUGUGUAUGUUUAUCUGACAGUUCUCUCCCAACUCCACUGGCCUUUCCUUACUCCUUGUAUUUUUACGGUACAAGCAAUAAAGACACUCAUUUCAGACCAGG